AUGGCAUCCACUACUAUCCUCACUGCUAUCCUCAUUCUCACCUGGUUUAUCCUUGCCGUCCUCAUCCUACUCUUCACCCUUGCCUUCUUCUACUUCAGGGAAACCUACAAAGUAGAAGUCAUCCUCACUCACCAACCCACAACCCCCAUCAUCUACUCAUCCCCACUCCCUUUACUGACUUAUUUAGUGGUGAACCAAAUCUCCCCCAUCACUGCCGUCACCCUUGCUGUCAUCAAUGACCAUCCCAACCUCCUCCUCCUCACCCUUCUAGGGUUCUUCCUCCUCCUCAGCCUCCUAUCCACCCUCGCCCUCGCCCUCAUCAUCCCCCUCCUCCUUCGUCUCACAAUCCGGCACCUAGAACGCGAACACCAGUGGGCAUUCAACAUUGCCACCACUGCACAGUGCCCCCUCCCCCAUACCACCACCAACCUCCCUGUCAUUGCUACCAACCGUAACGGCAACAACCUGACACAGGUGUACUUUGAGUACAUCAGGGAGCAUCAAGAUUAG